GGGUCCUCUUAGCUUCUGGUCUGUCGUCUGUGCUCGCGAAGCAGGUCGUCCAUGGCAAUGAGAUCCGCCACCGCCCGCGUCCCUCGGUUGUGGAGGCCGGCGAUGGAGAAGCUGGCUCGGAGGAGCCGUCGUUUCUUUAGCGACGACAGGGGUCGGAUCCUCAGCGAGGAGGAGCGAGCUGCCGAGAACGUCUACAUCCAGAAAAUGGAGAGGGAGCGGAUGGAGAAGCUGAGGCGAAAGGCGGAGAAGGAGAGGCUCGAAGCCGAGAAGGCCAAGUCCGAGAAAGCCAUACAAAUUCAGAGCAUAUGACUUACAUGCAACAGUCAAGAUCAGAGGAAAAUAACAUUGUAAAGAAAUCUUGAUACCAGAAGAUUACGAGAUGGCUAAGCUAUAUAAAUCAGUCUUUAGGUCUUCUGUGCCAUAGAAAUCAGAAAAUAGCUACGAAACAAGGGCUUGUCAUCCGAAGUGGUGUGACCGGGGAACCAGUAAGAUGCUUUUGAUACAGAAUCUAGUUCUUUUUAUUUUUCCCUUGAUCAUGUUGCAUUUGAGGAAGGAAAGUGUUUUUAGGUUGGUAGUUGUAUUACCCUUUUAAAAUCCACUUUAAUUUUACAAAAAAUACACCUGCUAAGAUGGCAAUAUCAAUGAAGAACACUAGUGUUGAUUUUGAAGCAAAAACUGCAGGAAUUGUGGUUAUGUAAUAAUGACAUUGCAAACUCUUUGUAGUUUGGUAUUUACCUCUUACAGUUGGGUAUAAUAAUCUUGGUUGUACUAUUAGAUUCUAUUUAUCGGCAAAUCAUUUACUUUGGUUCCUUCAUGUGUAUAUAUAGUUUCAGCAAAACUAAAAAACUAAAUCUUAAUUUGGAGUGAUUGAAUUUGAGAUAGAGCUUUCGAGCUUUUUGACGUGGUAACAACUAAUUAAAGUAAUGUUCUUUUAGAUUGAUGAUUUUGUUGCUUAAUAAUGCAGAGAGGGCUAAAUAUCAAUACUUCCUUUCAUGCCUUCAUUUCAUC